AAGUUUUAAAAAAAAUUAUAGACAUAAGACACGCCAUUUAUUGUUUUUAUUUACUUUUAGUGUUUUUUUUUGUUACUUUUUAUAGCGAACAAUUCUAACAUUCGCUCAGGAAUGGGCAUUGUCGUAAGCGCAAUUUCGAAUGUUUUGUAUGUUUCUGAAAAAAUAUCGCUUUGCUUCACUUGUACCGUUUUACUGUACUGUAAAAUGAUUACUUUGGUCGCCACUCUGUGUCUGGGCAUCGGUCUUGGUUACAACUACUGCUUUGUGGAUAUGAAGACCAGAUUCAGAUAUGUCUCAGGCGAUUCAGAGGGAUUUCGCCGUCAUGGGCCAAAAGGUCUCUUCAAUCGUGUCGAGCCUAAACGUCAAAUACCAAUCAAAGAAGUCCUGGAUUUUGAAGACGACGAACCUGGAACAUCGUCCGAAUCUGAAACGAUGUCUGAAACAUCUACAACAACUAUGUUACCUAAUACCACCAAAGCAGCAUCUAACAAUGCAACAGUUGGAUCUUCAACAACGAUAACGAACACAUCAACAGUUGCUGAAUCAAUAAGUCCUCCGAAAAUGGUUAUACCGAUCAGUGGUUUAGACCUUAUUGCUUUGUUGUCAAAGUUGAGAACGGAAAAUCGAAAUUACUCAUUACAGAUAGUUACGUCUUGAUUAUUUCUGUGACGUCCGAAUUAGUAGCACGUUUCAUGUGGCCAUUAGUCUUGUUCUUCUUCUAUUUUAGAUUGUUUUUAAGUAUUUUUUUUUAUUUUAUGUACCUGUAAAAUACACUAUACAAUAUAUUUUAUUUAAUGUCUUAUAAUCAUAA